AUGGGGCUAGCCGAUGAUCAAGUCAGUGUUUUUAUCCUUCCAGACAAGUCUGGUCACCAAUUUAUCGACCCCGGAGGGACGAAAGGCUUGGUGAGCACUAGGACGGUUUCGAACCCUCGACCACAAAGGGAUGAAAGGGAAGAGCAGAAAAUGUCCGACAGAACCGAACAGGAGGAUAUCCUGGAAACAGGAAAUUCCAGGAUACCCACGUCUCGAGGAACUGCAGCGUUAGAGCAGUGUUUGAAGAACUCAUCCAGUGAGACAACUACUCAACCAAGGAAAACCACUGUGGAUACACCUCCUGACAUAGAAUUUUACCGAAAUCCCUUGGACAGAGUGAAUAAAGAGAAGCGACGACCUACGAUACAUGAAUUGGCUGUUAACAGACUGUGCUCCGUCGAUUUGGGAUUCAUCACCGAAGACCAACUCAACCCAAAUAGGUUAGAUUUCCUGAGGAAGCUCGGAAUGUUUCGUAACAACUCUCCGUUUCGUUCCGUUGAUUUCCCGAAUAUUGCCGACCUGAAGUGCUCGACUCACUCGGCCCCGACAGACAGUUCGCCUGGUCGCCAAGUAUCGCAGGCCAUGGAAGGAUUCUGUGCGAGUUCCUGCUGUACAUCGAGGCGGUUUGGCACAGCAAUGAAAAGACCACACGCCUCAGCGAAAGAGUCAGUCCUCAGUCAAGUCAGCAAAAAAGAGUCUGAGGUGAAAUUUGGAUGGAUCGAGGGAGUGUUCGUGCGAUGUCUCCAGAAUAUUAUUGGAGUGAUCCUUUAUCUUCGUCUGACCUGGGUAGCAGGACAAGCUGGAAUUUUGCUUGGAUGGGCAAUAAUUCUGCUCGCUUCCUUCACCACUACUCUGACAGCGCUGUCCACCAGUACAAUUUGCACUAAUGGAGAAAUGAAGGGCGGAGGAUUGUACUAUCUGAUUUCACGAACGUUGGGGGCCGAAUUCGGCGGAUCGAUUGGUCUUAUUUUUUGCUUGGCAAAUUGUGUCGGAGGAGCCCUGUAUGUGGUUGGAUUCGCUGAGACCAUUUCGCAUUUGAUGGAUGGCUAUGGAAUCACGAUAAUUGAUGGAGGGGUUUGGGAUGUUCGAAUAAUCUCAUUAGGUGAAGUUUGGGACGUUCGGAUAAUCUCAUUAGCAACCUGCACCACUCUUGUGGCUUUGAUAUGUGUAUCAGCAACGAUUGAAAGUAAACUGCAGCAAGUACUCCUUGUCCCUUUGUUUUUAUCCGUGCUCAGCUUCGUAGUUGGUUCAUUCAUCUGGACAGAAAAGAAAGAGCGUUAUGGAUAUACGGGAUAUCAAGCUGAUACAUUAGCUGCUAACAUGUGGCCCGAUUUUCGUCAAGGACAUUCAUUUUUUUCGAUCUUCUCGGUGUAUUUUCCUGCAGCAACCGGCAUCAUGGCUGGAGCAAACAUAAGUGGGAAUCUAAAAAAUCCACAGGACGCUAUUCCACGCGGAACUCUCAGUGCCAUUCUAGUUUCAACGAUUAUUUACAUGAGUGUUUUGACAAUUGCUGGAGCAACUUAUGUGCGUGACGCAGACGGUGAGAUUCCGCUGAAUCCUUUAAGUACACCCGACUGUUGUUACAACUAUAGCUGCCCGUUCGGACUACUCAAUUACUAUCAGAUUGUUAUGGUUACGAGUGUGUGGCCACCUCUGAUAACGGUUGGUAUAGUUGCUGCCACGCUUUGUUCGGCUUUGGCAAGUCUCAUCAGUGCUCCUAAGAUUUUUCAGGCAAUAUGCGAGGAUAAGGUGAUACCAGCUGUGCAUUUCUUUGCAAAAGGAUAUGGACGUGGAAAUGAUCCCAGAAGAGCAUACCUGCUUGCUUUUUUUGUAACGUCUGCUGUACUUAUGAUAGGUGAACUCAAUUACAUAGCACCAUUUAUUUCUAACUUUUUUCUUUGCUCAUACGCUCUACUGAACUAUUCGUGCUUCAGUGCAUCAUUUUCACAAUCUCCAGGUUUUCGUCCCGCCUUCCGAUACUACUCACACUGGCUGUCCUUACUCGGAGCUGUCAUGUGUGUUGCCAUAAUGGUUAUCAUGUCGUGGCUUACAACAUUACUCACAUUUCUAUUCUUCCUCACUGUAUACGCUUUCAUAAAACAUCUAAAACCAGAUGUCAACUGGGGCACUUCGACUACGGCAACCACAUACAUGCACACAUUGAGCGGUGUAAUGAAGCUUACAAAGGACGAACUCCAUGUCAAGAAUUAUCGUCCACAGAUUCUUGUUUUGAGCGGUGUACCUUAUGAGAGACCGACCCUGAUGCGCAUGGCAUACAGUAUUACGAGAGGAACUAGCCUACUUGUUUGCGGAAAUGUUCUGAUAACAGAAGACACAACACAGCUCAGUGAGCAGUUGGAGACGGCUCGUCAUACGGAUGAAACGUCACAGAAAAACCUACGAAAGCAAGGUAUCAAAGGAGUUUGCAAAUCAGUUGUUGCAAGAACACUGGAAGAUGGAUGUGAUAUGCUGUGUCAGGCCUCUGGUCUCGGUAAACUGACGCCGAACAUAGUCCUCCUCGGAUUCAUCGAAAACAGCGUUGGCGACAGAUCUUCCAUUGGACUCUCUUCAAGAAAUGCUUACUUGAAAAUCAUUCAGCAGGCCUUUUACAACGACAUGGGUGUAGGAAUUUUACGGUCAAAAUGCACAACAGAUGUUAAUAGUCAACCAGACAAAAAAUCCCGAAUGGGUUUUUCUGGGGUGUCCGAUUCGUCAACCACUCCUACAACUGUGAAAAAAACCAUAAGCAAACGUGCCACAAUCGAUGUUUGGUGGCUAAGCGACGAUGGAGGAUUGACGCUGCUGGUUCCAUAUCUUCUUACACGAAAGAGGAGCCAUCUGGAGGGUGCUUAUCUCCGUAUCUUCACAAUUGCUGCUGAUGGUGUUUCCAUUUCGUCGGAAGAGGAACGAAUGGCAUCACUUCUUCAGAAAUUCCGAAUUCAAUACAAACACUUGCACGUGGUAGCAGCAAUCAAAGAACCACGGAAGGAGAUCGAGGAGCGCUUCUACAAAUCUUUAGAACCGUUAAGAGGAGAUGAUGACGGCAUGAUAACAGAAUCAGAGGUAAUCAAAAUGAAGGCUAAGACAGCACGGCACAUCAAAACCGGAAUUCUUUUACAUGACUAUUCAUCCGAAGCGGACCUGAUUGUUGUAACAUUACCGGUCCCGAUCAAAGAAAUGAGCGGUGCAUUGUACACAAGUUGGCUGGAAGCUAUAUCGACAGAUCUGCCGAACAUUUUGCUGAUACGCGGAAAUCAUCACAAUGUUCUCACAUUCUAUUCCUAG